GGUUUUUCUGUGUGACGAGUUAACAGUAAGCUACAGACGUCCUUGCUGGAUUUUCUGACUCGUGUAUUUUUGUCUUUUUUGGUGAAUUAAACAAACAUAAAACAAGAAAUAACGGUGUUUAACGUUUGCCAGUUUUGUCAACGCAUCAAAAAUUAUAUAGAAAAAGUAAAGGAAAAAAAUAGAAUAUUUUUUUUUGUGAAAAAGAAUUUGAACAAAAAAAAAGAAACUUUUUUACUACUAAGAAAACAUUGUCCGGGUACUAGAGAAAUUUAUAUAUAUAAAGGCAAGCUCUUACAAACACUCGAUAAGGCGGCAUGUUGUUGAUUUAACAAAUUUAACGUUUAAACCGUAAAAUACCAAAAUAUUCUCUAUUUAAGUUUUUCAGUUUUAUUAAACAAAAACGAGAAAUUAUUAAACAAAAUAGCAAAAAAAAUAUAUAUAAUAAAAUAUUGCGUGUUUCAUUAUUGAUUUAAUUCAAACGAAACGUAUUGAAGAAUUAAACGGACGUACAAAAAAACGAAAGAACGAGUGAUAGGAAAAAACUAAAAUUCCAAGUGAUUUUUGUUAAACGUAUUUUAACGGGGUUUGUCUAUUACACGUACAAGUGCGUGUUUUAUUAAAUAACGUUAAAACUAUAAAGGAGACAAGCUUCCCUCCUUCCUCCCACAGUCAAUAAAACAAAACUAACAAGAAAAGUAAAAGAAACAGUUAAAGGAAAAUCUAACAAACAACAAAACUACCAACAACAGUUGACCAUGUCACCAUUUAUGGAAAGAACAUUACUUUUGGUUGCCCUAUUGGCCUGCCUGCAAGUUACAACUGCUUUAAUGUGUUACGACUGCAAUAGUGAAUAUGAUGGUCGCUGCGGUGAUCCAUUCGAUCCUUAUUCAAUAGGUGAAGUUAACUGUAGUAAACAGGAACCACGUGAACAUCUCAAGGAUAAGUAUAAACCAAUUUUAUGCCGUAAAACUGUACAAAAGGUUUAUGGCAAGGUGCGUAUUGUAAGAGGUUGCGGUUAUAUACCCGAUGAACGUACCGACGAUAACGAGUGCCUGAAACGUUCGGGUACACAUGAUGUACAGGCUUUGUAUUGUGCCUGCACCACUGAUUUAUGCAAUCAUGCUGCAUCAACAUUAAACAAUAAUAAUAAUUAUUUGAUUCAUUUAAUGCCCUACACAGUAGCUGCCCUCUUCAUAAUGUUUUCGUGUCAACGUAUUAAUUUUCAUUUAAAACAAAAUUCAUAAAUAUUAAUAAGAAAUCAGAAAUACAUAAUAGCAAAAUAAAUUAACAACUUAAAUGUUAAAGAAAAGAAACUAAUUCGUAACUAAAAAGGCAGAAUAAUAGAAGAAAAAUAUUGAAAAAAAAGGGAUAAAAUAAUUAAGCUAAAUUAUAAAAAAAAUAUAAAAAAAAACAAAAAAA